CGUUCCAGAAAUUUAUGUCAUGCCGUGCUUGUAAAUGACGCGGAUCGGGUUACAGAUAUAUAUAUCCGCCGGCCUCGCUUAGCUUUUCAAAUUUGCAGUUCCCACCCAACUCCACGCCGGCACGCCCUAUUCCCCCCUCCAUCUCCAUAAUCUAGUUUAUAUACAGCGGCGCACUCCUCUCUCUCUCUCUCUCUCUCUGUCUAUCGAAGAUGAGGAGAGGAGCGAAGAGAAAGGCGAGCCAGAAGGGCAAAGUUCUUGACGAGGAUAAGGAUAAGACCACGGAGAGAAUAACCUCUGUAAAAAACGAAAACGAGACACAGCCAAGCAUGGGGACGGAGAAGCAAAGUCAAGUUGCUGGAGUAUUGUCUUCCAAGGAAGAGCCGACCAAGUCUGAAGGCGAGCCUAGCCUAAAACCUAUUAAGCCUCGAGCUAAACGAGCUAGGACUUCCAAGACGGAUAGUGAAACGGAAUACUUCCCAGAGAAGCGUAAUUUGGAAGAUCUAUGGCAACAGGUUUUCCCUGUUGGCACUGAGUGGGAUCAGCUGGAUGCGGUAUAUCAGUAUAAAUGGGAUUUCUCAAACCUAGAGGAAGCUUUUGAAGAAGGCGGAAAGUUAUAUGAAAAACAGGUCUACCUUUUUGGUUCUACAGAACCUCAAUUAGUCUCAUACAAUGGUGAAUCAAAAAUUACUUGCAUACCGGUUGUGAUUGCUGUUGUUUCACCUUUUCCACCUUCAGACAAAAUUGGGAUAAACUCCGUACAGAGGGAAGCUGAAGAAAUAGUGCCCAUGAAACAGAUGAAAAUGGAUUGGAUUCCAUACAUACCUCUGGACAACAGAGGUUCUCAGGUUGAAAGGCUCAAGUCCCAAAUUUUUAUAUUGGGCUGUACACAAAGAAGAGCUGGCUUAAAACAUUUGAAGUUGGAACGUGUGAAGAAGUUUGAAUAUUGCCUACCUUAUUUCUACCAGCCUUUCAAGGAUGAUGAGUUUGAACAGAGCACUGUAGUUCCUAUCAUAUAUCCCGUAGAACCUAAACCUGUGUUCUGCGAGUUUGAUUGGGAAUUCGAUGAAGUUGAGGAAUUCACAGACAACCUUAUUAAAGAGGAGGUGGUGAGUGAAGAUCAAAAAGAUUCCUUCAAGGACUUUGUUGAGGAAAAGGUCCGAGAAGCAAAAAAAGCUAACCGCGAGGCAAGGGAAUCCCGGAAAAAGGCAAUAACAGAAAUGAGCGAGGAAACAAAGACUGCUUUUGAAAAUAUGAGAUUCUACAAGUUUUAUCCUGUGCCAACAACUGAUACACCUGAUGUGUCAAAUGUGAAGUCUCCAUUCAUAAACAGAUACUACGGGAAGGCUCAUGAAAUUCUAUGAGAUAGAGAAUACACUUUGUUCUAGAUGAAAUCGGAUCACUCAUCGCAUCAGUAGUCCAAAGGUAGUCCAGAGCCGGCCAAGUAAACCAAGCGGUGCAAUUUGAUUUACGGGCGCAGCUAUAAAUUUUCGUCUUUACUCCCUUGAAAAAAAAGGACCAGAAUUGAUGUUUUUUUUAUUUGUUUUUUAUUAUACAUUCUCAGUCUGUAGAAUGAUUACCUCACAUUUGAGUGAGGUUCUGACAUGCUCCUACCCUAGAUGACGUGGAUGCGAUUUUUGGUUGACAGUGUUGAUUUCAUUUCCCAUGACUUUCCGUAGGAGAAAAACAAUAAUCCCGGUAUAUGUUUUUGAACCUCUGCACUAGUGCUCCGUCCCUCACAAAUCUUUCUCCAUGUUUGACUUUUCAGUUUCUGAAUCAACAUUUUGACUAUUAAUAUCACCAUUGUAUAGGAAAAUGGAUAAAAGUGAUCCAGACUAAGGGGCUGUUUGUUUCAGCCUCUUAAUGGUUCAGAUGUCUGAAUGGUUCAGCACUUAAUGGUUCAGACUGUUUGUUUCAGCCUCUUAAUGGUUCAGAUGUCUGAAUGGUUAAGAGAUUUGCCUCUGAAUGGUUAAGUAUUAUACAGAGUCUGAAUGGUUAAGACCUCUUAUCUGAAUUGAUCAGACAUUUGCCUCUGAAUAGUUAAGCAAUAUACUAGCUCUUAAUGGUUCAGACCUCUUACUGGUUCAG